AUGAUGACUGUAGAGUCUGAUAACGUAGACUUUGGGAACAUGGUUCUAAGCUGCGUGUUUUGCAAAGCCCAGCGUCCCUUGAAGUCUAUGAUUCCGUUUGCUCGUGCACGCUUUCGACGUCGUCGAUGGAUUACAGCACUCUGCGAUGGCGAUGCGCAGAUGGAGAGCCACCUUCGUGAGGCUCUGAAGAACGGGUCCACUAAAUUUCUCUGUGAUUGGCAUUUUGCCGAUAUCUGCUUCUCCAUAAAUACAUUCGGCGAAUGGAAGUUGAAAAAGGAUGCACUACCAAAUCCUCAUCUGCGGGAGAAUGAGCGCACCUCCAUGCGCAUUUAUAUGAUCAACCACCUGGAUUCGACUAUACAAAGGAACGAUGAGUUGCGCAGAAGACGAGUGAACUUCUUGAUGUUGAGGAAGCAUGCUCAAGAAAAGGAGCGAGUGGAUCGAGAGAAUUCUCGCUCUGUGCUGGAUAAAAUGAGGCGUACAUUCCCAAGAUUGGUGUCCGAUGCAACCGCUGAUCAUUUCGUUUACGAGCAUGACCAAAUGACAUCGGAUUACUCUCAAGGAAAUGGACGCCGCCUGAACGCUGUCGAUAUGUGUAACGUGGAUUACUUGGAAAUAGAUCCUGAAAUGCCUUUACUGUAUCCGGAUCAUGCAGAUGGUCCUUCGGAGAUCUAUCAACGGGAACCUACAACGUCUCAAGACGCUAUAGAGAGUGGUUAUUUCGACGGAUUACUUGAAGGAAAUGUCGAAUACUCUGACGAAAGUGAUAUAGAAAUGGAAAUAAUACAAAAGAUGCAGAGGACAGUAGACGUUAUCGUGUCAGAAGUUCGCCAGUGCGAGUACUGCCAUGUGGUUAUUCCGUUGGAACGAUCAAAGUCUGACUAUCGGAUGAGGACGUGGCCUUACGAUGAUGUGAAACACGAAAAGUAUCUCUCAAUAAUGGGGUUUCCAAAAGAGUUUGAUGAAGAAAUGCGUCGCCUUUGGGUAAAAAGACGAAUUGAGCCACUUGACGUUGCACCUGGAAGCAUUUAUAAGUAUCCAACUCUCAACAUAUGUCAGCAGCACUUGGAUAUGGCGGGAGUUCCCGAACAAAUAGACUCGUGGCUUUCCAAAUACUGUGUACUGUGUGACGAAGAACUCGGAGAUGAAAAUCUUCUGCUACCUUUCCCUCUGGACAGGAGUAGCAGAUUAGCGUGGGCAAAAACCCUUUUUUCGGGGAAGCCUUUGAACAAUCUUCUUCAGAAACAACAACGAUGGAACAUUUGCCAGUACGAAAGAAUUCCACGCGGUCCACAAGGUGUCGUGAAAUGUCCUCUUUGUGACACAUGGAAUGUUGUGUCAGAAACAACGCAGAUUCGAACGCCAAACGGAGCUGCUGAACGCAAUUUCCUUGUCGAAUUCCUUAUCAGUGGAGAUAAAGCGACUUUGAGGAAAGGCGUUGAAAAACUAUCUCCUGAGGCAUCCACGAUCUGUAAGGCGCACAUGGAAAAAGACCCUUUCGAGCAAAUAGCCGAAAGGAAACUUGUUGCCUCAGUGAUGGUGCAGUGUGUGGCUUGCUCUGCUCACGAUCUUGCGCAAAACAUGACUCCUUUUCCCACAUGA